UGGAGAUAAAAAAAUGUCUGGAUUGCUGUAUACUUUAUUGGGAUUGGCAGCAAGCUCGAGUCUUCAUUGUGCUGUGAGACGUGAAAUUAGCCCUUGUACAUGCCGUCAAGAGGCACCAAUUAUCAAUCCUAGUUUAAAUGGUAAUGAGAACAAUAAUAAUAAUAAUAAUAAUAAUGGAAAUACACAUAUUCAUUUGGAGAGAAUUGAAGUGGUUUGUGAGAAAAUGGAAUCAUUUGAUCAAGUUGCCGAGGCACUUAGCGGUAAAUUCACCCCCGAACAACAAAUAACAUUAAGGGUGUCACAUUCACAAUUACGCGACAUAUCAAAACAUGAUUUCAAGGAGCUGAGGAUGUCCAUCGUUAGACUUGACCUUAAUCACGAUCAUCUUGUGAAUGUAAAUGGUGAUGUUUUUGCUGGUUUGAGUCGGACGCAGUACAUGAGCCUCGCGGAUAAUGAAGUGCCAUCAGUACCAAGGAAAAUUUUAUCUCACCUUCCGCUUUUGAGAACUCUCGACCUUAGCAGAAAUAGAAUCAGUCGCAUUGAAGCGGACGACUUUAAGUACAAUCCUGUGUUACAAUUUCUACUUAUGGCUGGUAACACUUUAUCGGAAAUGGUACCUGGCUCAUUGCCGCCUUUAAUAAAACAGUUACAUGUCGGAAGGAAUCAUCUACAAACGUUGAAUCGAACAUUAAGAGAUCUUAAUCAGCUUGAAUUGCUUUUUAUAAAUUCAAAUGAAUUAACAUAUUUGGACGGUGAAUUGCCAUCGUCGGGACAUAAUUUAAAAAUGCUCUAUGCCGCUGACAAUAAAUUGACUCAUUUACCACCUGAAUUUCGUUUUCUACAUCGACUCGAAACACUUUUUCUUCAACAUAAUCGAAUCAAGAGUCUUGAUGGAAACCUUAGUAAAGCAAGACGUUUGAAACUCUUGGAAUUAUCAUACAAUAAUAUUCAAGAGCUGACAGAUGAGGACUUUGUCGAAGUGGAAAAUCUAGAGAAUCUUGAGUUGGGUCACAAUUCAUUGAAAUCAUUGGGUGGUGAUGGCAAUGAAAGUGGAGAUGGCGGUGGACACAGUGCCCUUUAUCCAUUGAGAUCUUUGAGAUCUUUAAAUUUGACGCACAAUGAAUUACGUAAAUUUUCGUUCGCUUCUUUGCGCGGAUUACGAGAACUCCGUUUACUUGAUCUAUCCAACAAUAAAAUCGACAGAUUACUACGAGGGAAGCCAUCAGAGAAUCUUGUUGAAGAAGAAGGCGACGAGACGGCUGGCGCCAGUAUCCAGGAUAUGAGAUUACAGCAUAACGAGCUGCGAAGCCUCGAAGGCUCGUUAUUUGUUGGUAUGAAGGAAUUACAGAGACUGAACCUCAGCCACAAUGCACUCGGACCAACGAUCGGACCUCAUGACUUACGUGGCUUGGAAGGUCUUCGAGUCCUUGAUCUUUCUCACAACGAACUUAUCACCCUCGAAGACACUUCCGAGACGUGGCUUCCAUUAUUAGAAGAAUUGAAUGCAUCACAUAAUCGGCUAGUCACACUAUCGGAUCGUGACUUCCAGGGAUUCCCUGGUUUAUGUUGGGCUGAUGUUAGUGCAAAUCAAAUACGUUCUUUAAUACCGGAACUUGUCGCUAAUACAAGAUGUACAGUUCAUGGAGUACCUGAUGUUCUUCGUAUUUAUUUACAAGACAAUCCAGUUUUGUGCGAUGCUGGUUUGGCCGAUUUGACAGUGGCCCUGGAGGUAAAUCAUGCAAAAGUUUAUGGCGUUGCAAAUGAUUGUCCAACAACGCAGACGAUAACGACGUCGACCUUGCCACCGUUGCCACCAACACUUUUUUUGGCGGCUGCAGCUGCCGCUUCCGGUGGUAAUGUUUCAUUUGCAGCAACCCUCGAGUAACAAUUAAUGGGGAAAUUGUUAUUUAACGCGAAGGAAUUCGCCAGAAAGAAGAAAUAAAAAAAAAUAAAAAAGUUUUUUUUUUUUUUAGAGGGCGAAGCUCUUUAUAGGGAUGAUACCCAGACCCUCAUGAAAAGGAAAGAAAGAAAAAUCAUUACUCGUUUUUUUAAAAAAAAAAAAAAGAUUUACUCUAUAAUAUCAAGAGAGACUUUUUUUUUUAGAUAUUUGACUCGAGUUUUUUUUUUCUUUUCUUUUCAAAACGCAGUCUUCUUUUAUUGUAUGAGAGUAAAAAAAAAAAAAGAAAAAUGAUUCUUUUUUUCCAAAACUUGUUCUUUAAUAAUAAAUUAAUAAUUUGAGAAACUUGCGCUGAAAAAUUAUCAAAAAUUUUUAAAACUGAAAUAGUAUCUAAAAAAAAAUUAAGAAACAAUAAUUCUAAAUUAAUGUGGAAAAAUAAAUUUUCAAAAAAUCGUAUUUUUUAAAAUUUUGUGUUUUUUUACACCAGAGAAAAUAAUUUCGCUGACAAUAUUCUUUUUUUAUAUUUUCAGUGCUUCUUUUUCAUAUUAGAAAAGUGUGAGUGUAUUUUAUAAAAGAAUUACUAUAUGUAUAUUUAAAAUGAAGUAUAUAUAUAUAUAUUUAAAAAAAAGUGUGUAUGUAGCUAAAAAAAAAAGGAGAGGAAUAUUGUUGAGAUCUUGAAACUGCGUUACGAACUUUGGGACCAUGUUAAAAAAAAAAAAAAAAAACAUUUCAUCCGUCUGAAAUUGUCGAUGAUGUUUUUUCAGAUAAAUCUUUCGAAAGACUAAUUUGAAAUUAAUAUGGAAAAAAGUUAUUUAGUUUUAUUAUUAUUAUAAAUAUGAUUAUGAUCCUAGUUGAUCUGAAAAUCGCACUGAAAUCAAAAAAAAAAAUAUUAUACAUUAGCUAAAUUUUUAAUUUAGCAGUUAAUAAUCACAAUUAAUAUUAAAAUUAAUUGAACAGAUGAUAAUUUCAAGAAUCAUUAACAGUUGUUGAUUAGAGUGUUGCAAUAUUAGCAAUUAGUUUUUUAUUUUUUUUUUUUUUUUGUUCUUAUAUGCCACGAGUAAUAUAUAUUUUUCCGUGUGAUCAAAUUAAGUUAUAAUGACGAAAUUCCAAAAGCAAAUAUUCAAAUACAGUAAUAUUUCUUCUUCUUAUAUUGUAUUGUAAAAUGUUAUCUUUAAGUAUUUUAUAUUUGAAUUUUUUUUUUAGAAUUUUCCGAAUAUUUCAUUGUAGAGCCAAAAAAAAAAUUUUCCAAUAUUUUUUUGAUAUCUAUUUUGAAAUAAACCAUUGAUUUUUUUUUUGUAUUUAUGAUUUAGAGUAAAAUUUGACGGCUUCACGAAGGUGUACGUAGAAGGAUAUUUUUGUCAUUACAGUUGAAGGCUAAAAUUGUGCAGUGCAAGGCACAUUGUGCUCGGAAAAUAUAAAAUAUGAAACGUUGCAAAAUCCACGUUUCUAAGAAUGAUGAAGUAUAUAUGUACAUUUUAAUGUAAAUUUAUUAUAAUUAUUAAUUUAACAAUAAAAGCCAUAUUUUUAAUAA